AUUAGUUGAUGUUCUCGGGGUUUUCCGUCUCAUUUCUUCAGUCAGCAGCAGCAGCAGAGCGACUCACACAGACACACGGAAGAUGGAGCGGAAGCUGGAUCUUUCCCGUCUGUCGGACGAAGAGGCCAAACACGUGUGGGAGGUGAUCCAGCGCGACUUCAACCUGCGCAAGAAGGAGGAGGAGAGGCUGACCGAGCUGAAGACGCGCAUCGAGAAGGAGGACACGAAGCUGGAGCUGCUGGGCUCGGAGAGGAAUGUCUCCGACUCGCUCUGCAUCCGCUGCUUGCAGCCCUUCAAGUUCCUGGUCAACAGCAAGAGGCAGUGCCUGGACUGCCGCAUGUUCACUUGCAAGUCCUGCAGCCGCUACAACAAGAAAGAGCACGGCUGGGUGUGUGACAACUGCCGCAUGACCAGGGUGCUGAAGAUGGGGACUCUGGGCUGGUACCAUGACAACGUGAGGAACCGCUUCAAACGCUUUGGCAGUGCCAAGGUGAUGCGGUCUCUCUACAAACGCCUGAACGGAGACGGUGGUCGUGAUGAUGACACCCAGAGCAUGCCAGAUGUCCAUAGACAUGGAUACAACGGCACCGAGGACGAUCCUGGAGAGGGCGAGGCUCAGCGCUACAAAGUGAUGAGGAAGAAUAAACGUCUGCUGUCGGUUCAUCCCAUGGACUUUGACUCAGAGGACUACCUUCCUCGUUCACGGCGACCUUCUGAGCAGAUGCAGGAUGAUCGGUAUUACCGGAACGACGGGGACUAUGACUACUACACUCACCGAGGGAACCGCAGAAAGAGUCUGGACCGCCACGCCAUGAGACCGGAUGACUAUGCAGACAACCGGAUGGUGCGGACCCGCUCUCUGUCGAAGAUCAGCUCCUCGGUGGCUAGGCAGCAGUAUGUCGACACCUCCGACGAGGAAGAGUACCAGAGGUAUCCCCCUACUCACCAGCAACCCCACCACCGCAGGAAGAACAGCCGAGCCUCUUCCCAGGAGAACCUGGGCCAAGCCCCGCCUAUCAACGAACUGAAUAAGCGGAUGUUCGCCAUCGAGAGCCUGCUGAGCCGUUUGGAGGAGAAGAUGACUCCUGCUGAUGACGCCUUGACUUCAUCAGCUCCAAAUGAGGAGGAGAAGCUGAGGAGGAAGUUGAGUGAGCUGGCAGGAAACUUGAGCGAUAAAGGCCUGUCGUCAGAUGAUGAGGCUGGGAAAAAGCCUUUCCCUGGGAUUAAAGGGUCUUCUGGCAUCAGGGGAGGACCGGUGAUCCCUCUGGACUCCCUGAAGGACAAGGAGCUGAGCUCAUCCAGCGAUGAGAUGCCAACAGAGGCUCAAAAGAGAUCCACUGCCGCCGCCCUCUGUGACCUCACCACUGAGGUCCUGAGAACCAUUAACGCCACAGAAAACGCAAUGGUCGAGUACGGCCUCGCAGAGCCGAUCGACAGGUCCCCCUUAGUUGGCCCUGAUGUAAAGCAGGCCGAUGAUGCUUUCAGGGAACUUGAGGAAAAUGUGUACAUCACGGCCGGCCAGUCGUAUGAGCUGGAGUCUAAGCUGCGGCGACUCGAGCAAAGCGCCAAGAACCGUUUUGGAGGGACGACGGACUCUGAGCUGUCGGAGUUGGAGGAUGUGGUGGCGCUAACUGCUGCCAGAGUACAGAGCGCCGAGAGCGAGGUGUCGGACAUUGAAAGUAAAAUCGCAGCUUUGAGCGCCAAGAAGAAGGUUUUUGGAUCCCAUCAGAAGAAACGGACUGCUUCAGACCUGCCCAAGAGUAACGGCGCUCCUUGGAGAUCCAGCAAUAUGUUCUGAACCAGGCCCGGUCUCACUCCUCUUCCUCCUGCACUUCAGCCUCCUUCAUCAAUGUUCACGGACCGGAACCGGGACACACAACAAAUCAGAGGAACAUCGAAGUAUUUCUGCUGAGCUUCAGAGACCAGAACCUGCAGAUGGAGUUUGGUUCUAAGUUCUAGAAGAUUCUUCGACAUUAAAAUUGGCACAUAGCUGUGAAGAGUAUCUCAGCCCCUCAGAUUUCUUCUUCUUCUACUUUUAAAACAUAAAGUCCGAUUUGGUAACACUUUAUUUGAAGGUGUGUGCAUAAG